GAGCUGCAGGAGGACGGUGGCGAUGUGUCGAAAGUGCGGAGCGCAGGACGCAGGCGCUCUCCUCGCCGCCGCCCCGGCCUGGUGAGGAACAAAGGGAGCGAGGCCGGCGCGGAAGUACAAAUAUAAUGUCAGGUGGCUGAAAAUUUGCCUAUCAAAAUGUCAAAAAGGCCAUCUUAUGCCCCACCUCCUACCCCCGCUCCUGCAACCCAAAUGCCCAGCACACCAGGGUUUGUGGGAUACAAUCCAUACAGCCAUCUGGCCUACAACAACUACAGGCUGGGAGGGAACCCGGGCACCAACAGCCGGGUCACGGCUUCCUCUGGUAUUACCAUUCCAAAGCCCCCCAAACCCCCAGACAAGCCCCUGAUGCCCUACAUGAGGUACAGCCGGAAGGUCUGGGACCAAGUGAAGGCGUCCAAUCCUGAUUUGAAGUUAUGGGAAAUUGGCAAGAUUAUUGGAGGAAUGUGGCGAGAUCUCACUGAUGAAGAGAAGCAAGAGUAUUUGAAUGAAUAUGAAGCUGAAAAGAUAGAGUACAAUGAGUCCAUGAAGGCCUACCACAACUCUCCUGCAUACCUGGCCUACAUCAAUGCCAAGAGUCGUGCGGAGGCUGCGCUGGAAGAGGAGAGCCGCCAGAGGCAGUCACGCAUGGAGAAAGGGGAGCCCUACAUGAGCAUCCAGCCCGCAGAGGAUCCCGAUGACUAUGACGAUGGGUUUUCUAUGAAGCACACGGCCACAGCUCGUUUCCAGAGGAACCAUCGUCUCAUCAGUGAGAUCCUGAGUGAAAGCGUGGUGCCUGAUGUCCGCUCUGUGGUCACCACAGCUAGAAUGCAAGUUCUGAAACGCCAGGUUCAGUCUUUAAUGGUUCAUCAGCGUAAACUGGAAGCUGAGCUUCUACAAAUUGAAGAGCGUCACCAGGAAAAGAAGAGGAAGUUUCUGGAAAGCACAGAAUCCUUUAACAACGAGCUCAAAAGGUUAUGCAGUUUGAAGGUGGAAGUGGAUAUGGAAAAAAUUGCUGCUGAAAUUGCUCAGGCGGAGGAACAGGCUCGCAAGAGGCAGGAGGAAAGGGAAAAGGAAGCAGCUGAGCAAGCGGAACGCAGCCAAAACAACAUCACAGCUGAGGAAGAACAGGCAGCUAACAAGGCAGAGGAGAAGAAAGAAGAGGAGAGUGCUCCAAUGGAGACAGAAGAGCCUCACCCAGAAGAGAGCACAGAAACCCAGCAGAACGGAGAAGAAGGAACAUCCACCCCCGAUGACAAGGAGAGUGGCCAAGAAGGGGGCGACAGCACCGCAGAGGAGGGAACCAGUGACAGCAACACUGGUUCUGAGAGCAACAGUGCGACAGUGGAGGAGCCUCCUGCAGACCCCAGCGCCGAGGACACUGAGAAGAAAGAAUAAAUAUUGACUCAUUUCAUGUGUCUCUUUAAGGAAGUACUGGUUUAGUUUCAACAUGUGCUAUGCAGCUUUUAUAUAUUCCCUGCCUGUAUCCCUUGUUCCCAAAGGAUAUUGGGCUUCAGUAAUGUGUCACAUUAUCAGCAAACUGACGUCGAGGGGCCUUUAGAGGCACAGGGUGGCUUAAAGCAGACAGAAAACCUGUUAAAAUACAGAUAGGUCCUUCCUAUUGCUUGGGAUGUCUCCCCUAGAAGAACAGGUCUGGUUUUGGUUUUUACGUUACAAAUCAGCCCUUCUACUGUUCUACUUACAUGAUAACAGUGAGGAGGCCUUUCGCAAAGGCCCCUCUUGGCUGUUUGUGGCUGAAAUGUGAUGCUGAUGGGCCUCUCUCUCUCUCUGGGGGCCUCCUGAGGAGCUUGGCUCUGUCCUGACACAUCAGCUUACUGCACCACGACCCAGAGCAUGUCCUUGAUCUCACAAAACCAACCCCCCAGCAGCCCCCCUACUUUGGUUCUGGCCAGCCAGGACCCAGCUCUUUGGUUUUAGAGAAAGCUUUUGCUACUCAUGGGUGCUCCUAAGUAAGGCUGAUGGGCUUGGUCUUGGGGGGUUUUGGUGCAAGAGAAGCUGUUCUAUAGUGACAGAAACUUGCUCACAUUCCACAUGCAACAUUUCAGGAGAUCCACUUCCAAAGGAAUAAGUUUUAACUGUCCUUUUGCAGUAAAUGAUAUAUGGUGUGGGGGGGGGUGGUUUCUAAUCAGAACUGCCUUUGCUUUUCUGUACCAAUAAACUCCUUUAUUUCCUACUUAGAGACCAAAAUCACCCCAUUUUGUCCCAUGUUAACCUGAAGCCCUUCUGAAAAUAACCCACCGAAUUGCAACAACAGACAGAAGCUGCUUCCUGUACAACUAAGAGAACACAUGAUGCAUUGCAGUCAAUAACCUGGAAUGUUUUUAGGGAAUAGUGGGUCUAGGGGUGGUAAUGGUUUGUAAAUCCUUUUGGUCUUUUUUUUUUUUUAAUGGUUUAAAUAAAAUCCAGCAAGUUUGGUUUUUUUAAACUCA